GCGCAUUUUUGGUGAUUGUAAUUCACCUUCCGAAGUUUAGAGUGUGUUGAGCUGAUUCCCCACAUGAACCUUGGUUCCUUGAUAUUUAUGGCAUUUUUCAAGGCUUGGAACAAUAGAUGGCUGGAAUUGUCUAAAUGUAUUUAACAAGCAUAUGGCUUCGUAGAAGUAUAUCAGUCAUUCAGCAACAUUCAAAGACUCUCUUCUCCUUAGGCCAGAAUUACCUUCACCUUUGCAUACUGCAAGUCACCAAUAAAAGGUUAUCAGCCAUGUCAUAUCGCCCUUUACCAACAACACCUUCCAUAUCGACUCUGAACCAAAGGUUCAUGCAGGUCUUGCAACAAGCAACAACCGAUGAAGCUAGACAUACUCCCAUUCAGAGUCUACCUUCAAACACCCCUAACUCUAUUACCAAACGCACCUGUCCUGGCGUUGAAACGCUUCCCAGUUCGAGUUCAAAUCUCGCUAGUCCUCCCAACGCCACCACUACUCAGGCUAUACCUGAAGAUGAUGAGACGGAUUAUGGCGAUGAUGACCAAGGCCAGUCACCACCACCACCUAGUCAGCGGCAUCAUCAGGAAAGCCCUGAGUCUCGGUGCCACCCACUGGACCACUUCCGCAAGCGCUAUAAGUCGCAACUCACUGCGGCACAACUCCAGCAGGUGGAGUACCAUUGGGCGGUAGAUGGCAAUGCAGUGCCAGUAUUGAGUGGACUGUUGGGUGCGGCGUUUACAUACUACAAAGUAGCCGCACCUAAGCCGUUGUCGCCGAAGAGGAAAAGAGACCAGCUGGUUGCGGUGGCAGAAGAAGCCGUUGAGGCUCAGAAACCUGCGCGCCUCAUCGUCCGGCUACGGUUAAGUGGUGACAAGCUGGCACAAUUUCGCGAACCACAGCCUGCGAGUUCUGGUCUGGCAAGAAGCAGGAAGAAGCGCCGUACCGGCGGGCAAGAAGUUGAAGAGCUCCCGGAUCAACUAUCACCGGACUGUUUGGCAACUCGGUCUGUGUCUGAAGGCCUCCAGGCUCCUCUUUCGCGGCCUGAACCGAGACCUAAACCCAGCUCGAGGCCGCCAAACCAAGCCAACGCCGGCCAUAAGUACCCAACGCGCAGUACUAGGCGAACGCCCGGCGCAGUGUGUGAAAUCCCACCCUCGCCACACCCCGAUCCACCUGCCAAUCGCCUCGAGGGAUUUUCAACGACCAGUAACGUCAUGGAGUCGAUCCACCACAAUGCGUACCGCGCCAGCCCAUUCGACGAAACCUUCCGCAUUGAAGGCAACAUGCUAUGUUUGGGGUCGUUCGUGAAGACUGCCGUGCCCAAUCAGGAUAUGCCGAAGGAAGGGCCAAAGGAGGCGUGGAGGCGGUUGUUUCCGGGCGAGGGGGCAGAGCCGCCGGAUAACUGGCGAGAAAGGAUGAAGCUCACGAGUGAAGGGGAGUGGGUUGCCAGGGGAGCGGGGGAUGCGUUUGUGCCCGUGCCAUUGAAGCUUAGCCGGGAUAGGAGGUGGGAAGGGCGGUACUGAGCACGCUGUUGAUGAUUCGACUCGUGCCCCUGAUAUAUCUAGUGAUAGAAUGAAUACCAAGUCCAAAUUAACAAAAGGCUUUACUCUUCAUUGAUCAGAAAUACGCAAAAUCGUUAUCAUGAAAUAUGUACAUUGUCCUACUAGUCAUCCGUGAUGGUUUAUUUGAUGGCCGCCUCGUCGAUUUUCGCCACGGUCGCAGAAGACUUUGAUUGCUCGGUCGCAGGCUUGUCAUCGCCUUG